GCCCCUAAUUGCUGAAGACUGAGGCUACCCGGUGAGGCUCUCCAGGUUGCUCUGUCCACCGAUUUAUGAUUUUCUGCCGUAUCUUUAAAAAAAUGGCAACUAAUGGUGCUGUUCUGAAGAGACUGGAACAGAAGGGUGCAGAAGCAGAUCAAAUUAUUGAAUAUUUAAAGCAGCAAGUUGCUCUUCUUAAGGAGAAAGCAAUUUUGCAGGCAACUUUGAGAGAAGAGAAGAAACUUCGAGUUGAAAAUGCUAAAUUAAAGAAAGAAAUUGAAGAAUUGAAACAAGAGCUAAUUCAGGCAGAAAUUCAAAACGGAGUGAAACAAAUACCAUUCCCAUCUGGUACUCCACUGCAAGCUAAUUCCACGGUUUCCGAAAAAGUGAUACAGUCUAUACCAAUAACAACUGUAUCUUCUGGUGCCAAAGAACAGAUAACAGGAGGAAGAGCAGAAGAAAAGAUGAAAGAGAAAAUUGAAAUGAAAGAGAAAAAGGAGAAAAAACAAUCAAUAGCAGGAAGUGCUGACUCUAAGCCAAUAGAUGUUUCUCGUCUGGAUCUUCGAGUUGGUUGUAUCAUUACUGCCAGAAAACAUCCUGAUGCAGAUUCUUUAUAUGUAGAAGAAAUAGAUGUUGGAGAAACAGCCCCAAGAACAGUUGUCAGUGGCCUGGUGAAUCAUGUUCCUCUUGAACAGAUGCAAAAUCGGAUGGUGAUUUUACUUUGUAACCUGAAACCUGCAAAGAUGAGGGGAGUAAUAUCUCAGGCAAUGGUAAUGUGUGCUAGUUCACCUGAGAAGGUUGAAAUCUUGGCACCUCCUACUGGGUCUGUUCCUGGAGACAGAAUUGUUUUUGAUGCUUUUCCUGGAGAGCCUGACAAGGAGCUAAAUCCUAAGAAGAAGAUUUGGGAGCAGAUCCAGCCAGAUCUCUGCACUAAUGAUGAGUGUGUGGCUACAUACAAAGGAGUUCCCUUUGAGGUGAAAGGGAAGGGAGUGUGUAGGGCUCAAACUAUGACCAACAGUGGAAUAAAAUAAAAUAAAAUAAAAUAAAAUACUCAUUUACUGAAAUACAUUGGAGAAAACUUUAAUAACAAUAAAAAGAAAUAUAUUUGUCA